AUGUGGGAAGGGAUAUAUAGGGUUCUCAAAAGGACAGAAGUUAGAAAAGAGGAUGUCCCUUUAAUAAAGGAAGGAAGAGUGCUGGGGAUGGACGAGUCGGCAGAGCUACUAACGAGGACCUUUUACCCGGAUGAUGACGAGGGCGAAGACAAACAGGUGCAUAAGGAAAUAAGGGCAAAAGCGCAGUUGGUGAACGAGGGUCCCGACGAUGACAGUCCGGAGCCCCUUGUUCACAAGUACAAGAGCUGGGAACGGUCCUGA